GUGACAGCGAUAGGGCAGCUCCUGUUGCCUGUCUCCGAGCGUGCUGGCUCGCGCUCAUUGGGGGGACUUGCCAGCGGCAGCACUCGGCUCGUCCGCGAACAUGGCUUCCGACAGCAGUAGGCACGUCGCCGACCUCAGGUCCGAGCUGUACUUCCUAAUUGCCCGAUUCCUGGGAGAUGGACCCUGUCAAGAGGCAGCCAAGGUUCUUGUGAGAGAAGUGGAAGAGAAGGAGCUGUUGCCGAAAAGGAUUGAUUGGACAGGCAAAGAACAUCCUAGGACUUACGAGAAUCUGGUAAAAUGUUACAGACACAUAGCUCCAGAUCACUUGCUGAGAGUCUGCCAGAGAAUCGGACCACUGCUGGAGGAACAGAUCCCUUCAAGCGUCCCUGGGGUAAACACAUUACUAGGAGCAGGCCGUCAGUCUUUACUUCGCACCAAUAAAAGUUGCAAACAUGUGGUUUGGAAGGGAUCUGCCCUGGCUGCAUUGCAUUGUGGAAGACCCCCAGAGCCACCCAUCAAUUAUGGUAGCCCACCAAAUAUAGUGUGUACACUUGCUGCAAGACGGCUCAAUGGAUUUUAUAGACUUGAACAACUUGUUCCUACUGCUGUGUAUCAGCACAUGAAGAUGCACAAGAGAAUUCUGGGACAUUUAUCUUCUGUCUACUGUGUGACAUUUGAUCGGACUGGGAGGAGAAUAUUUACUGGUUCAGAUGACUGUCUUGUCAAAAUAUGGGCUACAGAUGAUGGGCGUCUUCUGGCUACUUUAAGAGGGCAUGCAGCUGAAAUUUCAGACAUGGCUGUCAACUACGAGAACACUAUGAUUGCAGCAGGAAGUUGUGACAAAAUGAUCAGAGUCUGGUGUCUUCGUACAUGUGCACCAUUGGCUGUACUUCAGGGUCAUAGUGCCUCUAUUACAUCACUACAGUUUUCUCCUCUAUGCAGUGGAUCAAAAAGGUAUUUAUCUUCAACUGGAGCAGAUGCAACUAUUUGCUUUUGGCAGUGGGAUGCAAAAACUCUGAAAUUCAGUGGUCGACCAUCCAAGUUCACAGAGAGGCCGAGGCCUGGAGUCCAAAUGAUCUGCUCAUCUUUCAGUGUUGGUGGAAUGUUUCUAGCAACAGGAAGCUCAGACCACAUAAUCAGAGUUUAUUUCUUUGGACUCAAUCAACCUGAGAAAAUAUCAGAGCUGGAGUGUCAUUCAGACAAGGUUGAUAGUAUUCAGUUUUCCAACACCGGUGAUAGGUUUGUGAGUGGAAGCCGUGAUGGGACUGCACGCAUCUGGCAAUACAAACGACAGGAGUGGAAGAGCAUUUUGCUGGAUAUGGCCACCAAACCAUCAGGGCAUAAUCCUCAAGGAACAGAAGAUAAAAUUACUAAAUUGAAAGUUACUAUGGUGGCAUGGGAUCGCCAUGAUGAAACUGUCAUUACUGCAGUCAAUAAUAUGACAUUAAAGGUUUGGAAUUCAUACACUGGCCAGCUCAUACAUGUUUUAAUGGGGCAUGAAGAUGAAGUUUUUGUUCUUGAGCCUCAUCCAUUUGAUCUCAGAGUGCUUUUUUCUGCGGGCCAUGAUGGCAAUGUGUCAGUAUGGGACUUGGCAAGAGGAGUUAAAAUCCGGUCAUAUUUUAAUAUGAUUGAAGGCCAAGGUCAUGGUGCAGUUUUUGACUGUAAAUGCUCUCCUGAUGGCCAGCAUUUUGCAUGUACAGACUCUCAUGGACAUCUUCUCAUCUUUGGUUUUGGUUCCAGCAGUAAGUAUGAUAAGAUAGCAGAUCAGAUGUUUUUCCACACUGAUUAUCGCCCCCUUAUCCGUGAUGCUAAUAAUUACGUCUUGGAUGAACAGACACAGCAAGCUCCCCAUCUGAUGCCACCUCCAUUUCUGGUAGAUGUUGAUGGUAAUCCUCAUCCACCAAGGUUUCAGAGGCUGGUUCCUGGACGUGAAAGCUGUAGAGAUGAACAACUUAUUCCACAGAUGGGAGUAACACCUUCAGGUCUAAACCAAGUUGUAAGUCAGCUAGCAAACAGUCCACUGGAUAGUAUAAUUCAACAAUUACAACAAGAACAGGAUCAAAGAUUAUCCGUAGAACCUGGAGGUAGCGGCUUGAGUCGUGGUGGCAGAGGAUCAGUAAGCUCUGCCUCAGAGUUGCACUCUCCUCCCAAUGUUGGACUGAGACGCAGUGGGCAGAUCGAAGGUGUCAGGCAGAUGCACAGUAAUGCUCCGAGGAGUGAAAUUGCUACAGAGCGGGAUCUUGCUGCCUGGAGCCGAAGGGUGGUAGUGCCUGAACUGCCCUCUGGUGUUGCAAGAAACCAAGAGAGAUGGAGAGCUGCAAAAGGGACAGAUGAGAUAAGGUUAUAUAAAUCUGAAGAGAAAAGAUCUGCAGUGAGUCAUGCUCACAGGGAACAUAAGAACCAUUCCCAAGAACGUUUGUCAGAGACAGCGGAGUUGAGAAAACAGGUUAAUCAGCAUAGUUACCGUACAAGAGCUGCUGUUGAAGAAACGGUUAAACAGAAUGAAACAGUGGAAGAAAAUAGCUCUUCUGAGGAGGGUGAAGCUGCUGCAGCCAGUGGGGGAACAUCAGAUGACGAGGAGAAAGCAUGGGACAGUGAUGGUAGUAGUUCCAGUGAUUAUUCUACUGAUUAUUCAGACUGGACUGCAGAUGCUGGCAUUAACUUGCAACCACCAAAGAAGACACCAAAACACAAAAAAACUAAGAAAGUACAUAGUAGUUCAGAAGAAGAGGGAGAAAAUGAAAAGCAAAAAAUAAGCAAAAAAGAACGAAGGAAAAGAGUUGAAGAGAAGAAUGGCGAAUCUGCUGUACCAAAGAAGAAAACACCCAAAGAAGGAAAAAGAAAGAGACAUCCUGAAGGGGACUUUCCUGAUCAAGGGUUGAGUCUUGAGGAAUGGAUUCCUUCCGUGUGGAUUACAGACGUUGUGCCUCGGCGAAGCCCUUUUGUGCCACAGAUGGGUGAUGAGGUUUACUAUUUUCGACAAGGCCAUGAAGCAUAUGUUGAAAUGGCUAAGAAAAACAAAAUAUACAGCAUAAACCCCAAAAAGCAACCAUGGCACAAAAUGGAAUUAAGGGAACAAGAGCUGAUGAAAAUUGUGGGCAUUAAAUAUGAAGUGGGACUUCCUACGCUCUGUUGUCUCAAGCUUGCAUUCCUUGAUCCAGAUACAGGGAAACUAACAGGUGGAUCAUUCACGAUGAAAUAUCAUGACAUGCCUGAUGUCAUAGAUUUUUUAAUAAUUCGACAGCAGUUUGAUGAGGCAAGAAAGCGACAGUGGAACAUAGGCGAUCGUUUCAGAACAGUCAUUGAUGAUGCGUGGUGGUUUGGUACAAUCGAAAGCCAGGAACCUUUAACUUCCCAGUACCCUGAUAGUUUGUUUCAGUGCUACAACGUCUGCUGGGAUAAUGGAGACACUGAAAAAAUGAGUCCUUGGGAUAUGGAACUCAUACCUGAUGAUGCUGUGUUUCCAGAGGAAUUAGGAACUAGUGUCCCUUUAGAUGAGCAUGAGAUGAAACUCUUACUGUAUAGACCUCUUGAUGGAGAGUGGGGAUCCAGGAGCAGGGAUGCAGAAUGUGAACGAAUUAUUUCUGGGAUCAAUCAGCUGAUGACACUAGAUGUUGCUUCAGCAUUUAUGGCACCUGUGGACCUCCAGGCAUAUCCUGUGUAUUGCACUGUGGUAGCAUAUCCUACAGAUCUCAGUACAGUAAAACAGAGGCUGGAAAACAGAUUUUACAGGCGACUGUCAUCCUUAAUGUGGGAAAUCCGGUAUAUAGAACAUAACGCAUGCACUUUUAAUGAGCCUGGAAGUCCGAUAGUGAAAUCUGCCAAAUUUGUUACAGAACUUCUGUUACAGUUUAUAAAAGAUCAUUCCUGUUACGAUAUAAUUCCACUCUACAACUCUAUGAAGAAAAAAAUGUUGUCAGAUUCAGAAGACGAGGAAGAAGAUGAAGGUACUGAUGUUCCAGGAACUUCCACACGGAAAAGGAAGGUAAUUAUUUACAGCAUGAGUUUACGACUCUCUGCCUUAUUUGAGGACCACAUUAGCACUAUUAUUUCAGAUUACAAGUCUGCUGUUCGAUUCCAUAAACAAAGCAAAUUAACAAGGCAAAAGAAAAAACAGAAAAGGAACAGAAGCAGUUCCAGAUCUAGCAGUCCUUCAUCAAGUCCUGAAAGAAAAAAACGGUUGACAAGACCUCAAGUCAAAAUGGAAGCAUCUACUUCUUUGCCCACUGCACCCAUGAAACCUACAACACUGAAAUCCCCUGCUACUCAAAUCAAUGGAAAAGGACCUGAAUUUGCACCCACUGUUCGAACGAGAAGCAACUGGCGAUUACUAGAUGGUGAAUCUAUGGAAAAGCCAUCAACAUCUUCAGCAGUAAAACCACCUGUCUUAAAAUCAUCUACGCAACUGCCACCACCCAAAACAGUGACAGAAAACACCAGCAAGCAUUCCAAAGAUAACAGUGUCACUCAAGUAAGUCAGUCCAGUCUUGUUCAGAAUGCUCAGAAUUCCUUGACAAGCCAGGAGAAGGAGAAAUCAUUGAAGAAAAGAAUAAAGUCACUUUUAAACAACCAGAAGGCGCACACCCCUGCAGUUUCUUUGGCAUCAAAAAACAUGCAGGUAAAUGGACACAGCAAUUCGUCAACUGUAAUAGUUAAACGAAGACCUGGGCGGAAACCUAAGCUGCAACCCAAUGUUAAUAUUUCUGUAGCAGUACCGAAGAAAAGAGGCAGAAAACCAAAAAACUUUCAUAUUCUUAAUGCUAUGAGUGAGGGACAAAGUACUGUUGAACCAGUACAACACACAGUAACUGAUAAAGAGGAAGCAACUUCCUCUGUUUGUAAUUCCAACUCUGUUAGUGCCAGUCAAGGUGAACUAAUACAGAAAAAAUCUCGUAGGGGUAGAAAGCCCAAAAGAGAAAAACAGGAAACUGAGAUCACAUCAGAAUCUAAAUUAAUACCUGAAGAUACCCAGAAUGCUAAAAUGAGGACAAGGAGCAGCAGUAGACUAACUGAGGAAUCUGUAAAAGAGGCUGAUAGCACAGAAGAGGAGGCUGCUGCUUCUCCGUUUCGAAUGCAGACUAGAAAUCAGGGUAGGAGGACUGCAUUUUAUAACGAGGAUGAUUCUGAAGAAGAGCAAAGACAGUUGUUGUUUGAAGAUACCUCCUUAACAUUUGGAACAUCUAGCAGAGGCAGGGUCCGCAAACUAACUGAAAAGGCUAAAGCUAAUUUGAUUGGUUGGUAAAUUGUACCACACUUUUCACUUAUGCCGCUUUUAAGCAGGUGCAACUGCAGAACUGACAACACACUUGAGGCCACUGCAUUCUUGCUGCUAGUGUUCGGAUAAAGGAAUAUAAGUAGUGGUUAAAAGAAAUAAUAGGAACUGAAAAAACGAACUGAUAAAUGCUUUCUAUUAUUUCCCUUUUUUUAAAAGAGCUAAGGUAUUUUAUUUUUUCUAUUUAUUGCCCAGAAAUAUAUAUUUUAUGCAUUAAAAUUUAAAUGUUUUUUUCAUAAUGUAGCUAGCUACAGCUGAAAAUGAACAUGUAAACAAAUCUUGACAUAGUUCAAGUAUAGAUAUCUGAACCACAUUUUCAGAUGUGCAUAGGACCCCUCUGGUUUAUAGAGGUGAUGUUUGUCUUUUUGUGCAUGUAUGCGUGUGUGUGUGUGUGUGUGUGUGUGUGUGUGUGUUGCUUGAGUGAGUGGGUUUGUAGGAGAUGUAUACCUGCUUAAAUUUAAGUGUAUUUUUGAUGUCAAGAGUACACUUCUUUGUUUUCAAAACAUAACUAACUUUUUCACUGUUUUACUGCAAUGGGUGUAGUCUUAGUGCUGUCAGAGUGAAACUCCCUGCAGCAUUAGUGGAACUUGAUAGUUGAAAGUAAUUACAGUAGUUAAGAGAGCUAACCUUAUGUGGUUUAGCUAAGUUUUAGCUGUAAAAAGCAGUUACUGCCUGUAUAUGAGGGUCAGUAAGGACCUGCUAUCCUAACAUGCAAGGUUCCAGAUAAACGCUAAGCACUGCUUCUGGGAAAUAGUUAUAGAAGAAAGCAAAAGUCUAAGACUUGAGCUCCUCAGAACAUAGUUUGUACAUUUGUGUGUUUGUACAUAAUGACAGUAAUGACAGUGAUAAUGCAUCUGUAAAAAAAAAAAAAAAGAAAGAAAAGAAAAAAAAAAGUUUUAUUUAUAAUACUGACCCUUCUAUUGGGUUAUACGUUGCUGUUUGCUAUUGGGUCUGUCAUAUUGAAGGUCUUAAAAGCUGGGUGCAUCAUCCCAGAGUAUUCAAACAUGUAUUUGCAUUUUUCUUUGCAGUAGACAGCUGCAACUCUGAAAAGAGAAUUGGUUAAAAACUUCCAUCUACGGAAGGCAGAACAGUGUUGCAGCAGUUAGCAUUGUCAUUUCGUAGCAAUAUGUUCUCCGGGUCGAUUCUCUGCAGGAAUACCUUCUGCACAGUCUGCAUAUCCUCCCUGUGUUCACCUGGGUUUCCCCCGGGUGCUGCAGUUUUCCCACAUUCCAAAGAUGUGCAUCUGGAGUGUUUCUCCCCGGCCAACACUGAAAAUGGGCUCUGUCCCAGUUGGACUUUCCCAGUAAACAAAUGUUAAAUAAAUACAUACAAAUACACAGCAAAGAAAGGUGGAGUGAGAAUUGGCUGUUGUCAUAUGAGAGGAGUAUUGAUGAAGGUUGAAAACUCCAGAACAUUGUCAAGUAUAGACUGGAUUUAUAGACUGCUAAUUAUCUUCUGCUUUGUUUAUCUUUUUGCUGUAGCAGUAUUGUAUAGCUUGUAAAACUGAGUUUCUUUUCAAGUCUACAUCUUUCAGAUCUGCAUAUAGGAGUUGGAACAGUCUGUGCAUUUUUACAGUUUAACAUUUAUUACAGAUUUUCGCAUAGCAGUUGGUGUUUGCCUUACAAACUUCUUUCAGAUUAGGUCAUUUUUCUCCUGUGAUGUACUCAGUAUGGCAAGAUCUGAAGUUCUCAGAGGUAUGCAUUCAGUGAGGUGUUCUGAAGCAAGCACCUUAGCUUUUAAAUUGGGUUUAAAAGCUCCUAAUGCAAAGCAGCCUUUUAAAAAAAAAAAUGAUCAUUCCCUUCAGCCUUCCAGCUGUCACUGGCACUGAUGAAGGUGUGCCUUGUAUAAGAGAACAGCGAUCUAACUUUGUGCUCUUCUGUUUCACUACCUCCAGCAGCACAAAAAAGCUGUUACCAUUUUCAUUUUCCUCCUUCAAAAAAUUUAAAAAAAAAAAAAGGUAAUUAGAAGGAUUGUUUUCUCUUUUCAGAUUUCUUCAUUAAUCUAGGUGAACUGCGUUCAGAGAUUCUCUUUUAGGACCAGUAUUUCGUAAGUGUUUUAGUACAUAUCAGACAGUGGCAUUGGACUUUCCAUGCAUUGUUUUUUAUUCCCCUGUGCUCAAUCCGGUCGUGGUCAAUCAUUAAUCGGACAACUUUGUAUCGGUGAUGUAAAACUAUAUCACGUCAAGAAAAGUAAACUCCAGAAAGAACACAAGGCAAUUCUCCAACUUUAGGUAAGAAUGGGAGAUGUCUGUAUCACUUGAUUACAAAUGACAAAGCAAGGCCAUAUGUUCAUCUGAAGAAUAUGUUCGAAUCUUGUUCCAGGUCAGUUAAUUAAACAUUCCUGAGAACAGAAUUUGAAUUCAUCCUCGUUAGAUUAAGUUUUGCUAAAGAGUAGGAGAGACCUUUCUUUGGUAGUUGGCCACGGCCUUCACCAUCUAGGUCUUUGGAUAGAGAAGGGCUUCAGGAUUCCUUGAAACCCAUGCAGUAUUCACUAAUUCUACCUUUUUUAUCAUAUUGUGCUCUUUGUCUCUCUCUGUCUCUCUGUAGG